UCGUCUCCACCCCACACCACACCCCCAAUCAUCUCUCUCAUCACCAAAUAGAUUCCAUUACCACUCUAUUUCACUUCUUCAAAAUUUCAUUUCAUUUUUCUUCUAUAAAUUCUCUUCUCAUUUCUCUCAUAAACCUCUUCCCCUUUCAUUCAAAAAUCACUCUCUUCUCUUCCUCUGUGUUAUUUGAAGUCUUAUGUGUUAUGAAAAUUUUCAUGUUUGAGACUCAUGUCUCCGGUUGUUAGUGAAAUCCUCCGUUCUGGGUUUAUGAUAAAUUCUUCACUUAGACGAAGGACUCAUCUUGUUCAAUCUUUCUCUGUUGUUUUUCUUUACUGGUUUUAUGUUUUCUCAUAAAUAAAUUGUCCUAUUUUACCAUAUAUACAUAUAUAUAUAUAUUAAGUAGUUAUUUAGCUUACAAUUUAGUCUCUUUUUUUUUCUUUUUUAAUGGCUUCUUCUAGUGGAAACUCCAUGUCCAAUUCAGGAUCCGAAGAGGAUUUGCACAAUCAAAGGAAACGGAAAAGGAUGGAAUCCAACCGAGAAUCAGCGAGGCGGUCUAGGAUGAGGAAACAAAAGCACUUGGACGAGUUAAUGGCACAAGUGACUCAGUUGGUUAAAGAUAAUAAUCAAAUCUUAACCACCAUCAACUUCACCACUCAACACUACAUCAACAUGGAAGCUGAGAACUCGGUUUUGAGAGCUCAGAUGAUGGAACUGAGUCAAAGACUGGAGUCACUCAAUGAAAUCCUCAAUUAUCUUAAUAGUGGUACCAAUAGCAACAACAGCAACGAUGGGUUUGAAACGAGUGAGGGAUUUGAAACAACAAGUGAUGAAAGCUUCACCACCAUUAUCAGCAACCACAACAACAAUCCUUUUGUUAUUAUGAACCAACCCAUUAUGGCAUCAAGUGAUAUGAUGAUGUUUCAAUACUAAAUUUUAUUGAAAAAUAUUGGGUGAAAAUGUAUAUUUGCAAUGAUUUGUUGGUGUUGAGAUGUUGUUUUUAUUGUCUUCUGUUUUGUGUUGGUGGUGUUCAUUGAAAUUUGUAGUAAAAAUGUUUUGGUGGUGCCAAGCAAAUGAGAUGAUGAUGUACAAGACGACUGUAAGUGAAUUUGACAUCUAGUAAUUAAAAAUGUCAAAUUAUAAUUUUAGUCUAUUUAUUAUAUUGAAAUUAAGAAUUUAAUUUUUCUGACAA